CGGCGCUCGACCCCGAACGCCCGCGCUCGGGUCGCCGCCGAGCCGACGCGCCGCGAGCCCACCGCCAGGGAAGGGCAGAGGUACGGGUGCUCUUCUUCCUCCGAGUGAGGCUGCGGAUGGAUCCCCGCCUCGGAAGCGGCGAGCACGGCAUCCCCCAGGGCAGAGCGCGGGGCGUCCGCGGCCGGGGGCGGCACGUGCCGCGCGGCGAGGGUGAAAAAGUUGGGCAUGGGUCGAGUAGCUGGGGGCAGUCCGAAGAGGCGGCAGGCAGAGCGGCGCGCCGGGAAAAGGGCGAGAGGGUGCUUGGGCCGGCAGCGCAGGAGCUGUCGGGGGGGGGGGCCAGGUGGCUCCAUCCAUGUCCUCAUCCUGCUGCAGCUAGGGCCUCGGAGAAACGAGGCGGGGCGCGCCUGCGCAGCUGACGAAGCCGUGCAACAGCGAAGCUGCGGAAGCGCUGCCGAUCGACGUGAGGAGCGGGAGGAGGCGGAGGAAAAUGGAGGGGGCGGAAGCAAAUAGGGGGGGGCGGAGGACGAGGAGCAGGACCGCCCGAGCAGAAGGCGCAGCACGAGGAGGCCCCGGUGCUCAGGGCCUCCCACGGGGCUGCGCCGCCAGCGCGAGGGGGGCACAUCGGCACCAGCUCGCGCCACGUUCGUCCCUCGCCUCCUCCCCAUCCCUCAGGGGGACGAGCGAGGGGGGGGGGGGAAGGGAGCGAGGAGGAGGAGGAAGGGGAGGAGGGGGAGGGGGAGAAUUUCGCUGCCCUGACUUCCUCACUCGGGCCCCCCGGCCUUCGAGGAGGGUCGGCCCCCCUGCCGGAAGAGGGCGGCCCGAGCCCGGCACGGAGCAGCCCGCAGCUGCGCGCGAGGAGCAUCCCUGAUAAUGCGCGAAAGAGCGCGGCGAGCAUGUCGCUGGCAGGGGCCGCAUCAGGCCUGUGUCGGCAGCCUUUAGGCGUUAAAGCUCUGGCCGCAUCCGCACUCAGACUUCUUGUUGGGAUUGUUGAAGACAAACUCGGUGCCAACCUCGUUGCUCACAAAGUCCAUCUCCGUGCCUAUCAAGAACAUGACCCCGCCUUGGAAUCAACGACUACCUUAACGCCCUCCUGCGUGUCGACAACCUCAUCGAACUUGUUAACCUUGUCGGUGUAAUCCAUGGUGUAAGACAUGCCGUUGCACCCUCUGGUUCUCAAGCCGACGCGAAUGCCGAUGAGGGCCGGAUCGUUUCGCUUCGACAGCAGGCUGUGCACUCGCUUGGCAGCGGCGGCUGUGACAGACAUGAUCUGCUUCGACGCCAUGGCAGACGCUGCCUGGCACUACGAGGAGGAGCAGGGGGGCCUGCCCCGAGUGGUCCUGGACUGGGCCGAUGCGGCUGGCCCCUUGGGCC